ACUGGGAAGCCGGGCUCUUGUCUUUCAUCUGAUUCAAAUUCUGAUACUUUGUAUUUUUUGAAUUACGGGUGAAUUUUCGAAUUGUAGAUUCCGUUGAGUUUUUGGUAUUUAAUUUUGUACUGAUAGAACAAUAAGCUCUUAAAUUGUGUAUGUCAUUUCUCCGAACUCUUUAAUCUGUUGAGGCACUAGGCAACAUUUCAGUUUUAAUUAAUGGGCAGUGAGUGCGCGGUGGUCGGCGUUGAUGUUCUGGUAACUUCGCCGUAGGUCGUGGGCAAUUGAGGAAGUUUACGAUUUUUACAAAGCCGCCAUAAAAGUAUAGAAUUUUAUGCUAUAAAAAUGUCAUCUCUUCCAUUUCCAAAGGCUCAUAUUGAGCAGCUCAAGACUUUCAUUGAUUUGUGCAAGAAACAACCGGAAUUACUACAACACCCAGAACUUGCAUUUUUUAAACAAUAUAUUUUAUCAAUGGGAGGAAAAAUUCCUCCACCCAGAGCUGCAGGGGAUUCUCCAAAAAAGCCAGAACCCAAGGCAGCUGAGCCUGAACCAGCUGAGGAGCCAGCUGAAGAAGAACCACUGGAAGAAAGUGAUAUAGAAUUGGACAAUUCUGGUGUUAUUGAGCCUGAUAAUGAUGAUCCGCAACCAAUGGGAGACAAGGACAAAGAAAUUUCUGAAGAAGACACGGACAAAUCCAAUGACAAAAAGAGAGAGGCAAUUUCUGCAUUUGCAUCUAGUGAAUAUGAGGAGGCUGUGAAACUGUAUACAGAGGCUAUUCUUCUCAAUCCUGGCUCUGCUUUGUUGUAUGCUAAACGUGGACAAGCAUAUUUGUCCUUGAACAAACCAAAUGCCUGCAUCCGUGACUGUGAAAGGGCUCUUGAAAUAAAUCCGGACAGUGCAGCAGCCUACAAGUUCCGAGGCCGUGCUCACCGACUGUUGGGGCACUGGGAAGAGGCGGCUCGUGACUUGCGCCAGGCAUGCAGGAUUGAUUUUGAUGAACAGGCUGAUGAAUGGCUGCGUGAAGUGACACCUAAUGCUCUUGCUUCAACUGAUACUAUCGUUGAUGUUCUCAUGUGCACAUGUGAUAAGGCUCAUUGGCCCUCCCUGUUUGAGAAGGAUCCUAAAUUCCAAAAGUGUAAAAAUGAUGCCAAUUGUUUUGCCUUGUUGGGAGGAAUUAAGCAAGUUAUUUAUUACCUCAUAAUGACCUUAAUCUGCCCUUCCUUUCCAAACACAUUUUAG